AUGGCUGACGUCAUGGGUGCAGAUGCUGGUGCUGCUGCAGCCGAAGCGGGACAGGCGAAGUCGAGUGAAAAGGCGCCAGCAGGUGCUGGUGGGGCUUUGGAGUUGACUGAAAAGGCAGCAGGUGCUGGUGGGGCUUUGGAGUCGAGUGAAAAGGCAGCAGGUGCUACUGGUGUUGGCGGGGCAGGCGUGACAGGCGGGAGUGCAAGUGCAGAGGCGCAAGAGGCAAGUGCAGAGCCUCAAGAGGAUGAGAUGGACGUGGUGUGGUUGAGCGACGAUGAGGUUGAUGCGAGUGAUAGUGAUGGCAGUGAGAAGGAGUACGCAGAACAGCAGUUGCAGCCCCUUCUGUGGCAACAGCAGCAGCAGCAGCAGCAGCAGCAGCAGGGGCAGCAGGGGCAGCAGCAGGGACAGUUGGGGAGUGGCAGAGGCAGUGGGAACAGCCUAUGGAGCAACGCUGAGAGGGGUUGCGGUACCGCCAACAGGAGGGCUGGCGGUGGUGCGAGUAACGGGGUGCGCAGUAACGAGGAUGAGGACGUGGUGGAGUUGAGUGGGCGGGAGGUAGAGGAGGCCAUGCUGCAGGCCAGGCUCAGAACCGCGCAGAGACAGAUGAUGCGCUCCAUGGGGGGCGGCACGCCGGGCGGCGUUCUGGGCGGCGUUCCGGGCGGCAGCAUGUUGGGCAGCGUGCCGAGCGGCGUACUGGGCAGCACGGCGGAGGGCACGGUGAGCGGUAUGCCAGGUGGCGCUCUGGGCGGCACGGCGGGCGGCAUGAAUGGAAACAUGGCACAGGGAUUGGGGAGUGGCGUGGGGAUAGCCGCCACCUCAGCAGCUGCCACGUCAGCAGCAGGCGGUACAGGUGGUGGCAAGGGCAAGCGUGUGAGUGGCGGCACGCUGGUGGUGUGCCCCACAAGCAUCCUGCGGCAGUGGGAGCGGGAGAUUCGAGAGCGCGUGGGCGACCUGGGGGAAGCAGCAGGCACUGCCGCUGCUGGUGGGGCUGGUGGGGGAGAUGAAGGGGCGUGUUGGGCUCUAAGGGCCAAGAAGCGGUGGUGCCUGUCCGGCACGCCCAUGCAGAACGCGGUGGACGACGUGUAUUCCUACCUGCGCUUCCUGCGCUUCUCCCCGUACGACGAGUAUGCAUCCUUCCGCAACACCAUCAAGGACCCCAUCACUCGCAACCCCACCCAGGGCUUCAAGAGGCUGCAGGCGGUACUGCUGGCUGUGAUGCUUCGUCGUACCAAGGCCACGCGCAUCAAGGGCGCGCCCAUUGUGAACCUGCCCCCGCGCAUAGUGGCGCUGCAGCGAGCGGAGUUCACACCAGAGGAGAGGGCCUUCUAUUUCUCCCUCGAGGCCUCCUCCAAGCGCCAGUUCCACGACUAUGCAGCAGCGGGCACGGUACAAAACAACUACAUGCACAUACUCACCAUGCUGCUGCGCCUGCGCCAGGCCUGCAACCACCCCGCCCUCGCCAAGGGCUCGCCCAUCGCGCCAGACAGCCGAACCAGAGGCAUUGCAGCAGGAGGAGGAGCAGCAGCAGCAGCACGGGGGAGAAACGGGGUUGGCGGAGGGGGAAGUGGUGGGGCGGGUGGGCGGCGGAGUGUGUUUGCUGGUUCGGUGGGGAGGCUAGCAGUGGGGAAGCGCGCAGAGUUAGUGCGGCAUGUGGCGCAGGUGGGGGGGGAGGCAGUGUGUGAGUUGUGCGGGGAUGCAGCAGAGGUGCCGGUGCUGUCUGUGUGCCUGCACACCUUCUGUGAGCAGUGUGCCCUUCAGUAUCUCGCUCAGUGUGAUGCUGCCGUUUGCCCCUGCUGCUCCAAACCCCUCUCGCCUGCAUCGCUCUGCCUGUUUUCUGAGCUGGAAGGUGCUCGUGCUGUCCUCAACUACCUCCUCGCGCUCCCUCUCAUGCCCGCUCUUCCCCCUCCUUCCGCUGGCCCUGCUGCUGCUGCUGCUGCUGCUGCUGCUGCUGCCCUCCCUCUCAUGCUCCCUGCUGCUGCUGCUGCUGCUGCUGCUGCUGCUGCUGCUGCUGCUGCUGCUGCUGCUGCUGCCCUCCCUCUCAUGCUCCCUGCUGCUCCUCCUCCUUCGUCUGCUGCUCCUCCUGCUGCUGCUACUCUUCCCACCUCCUCACUUCCCUCCUCUCUCCCAUCCUCCUUUCCCUCCUCCUUUCCCUCUUCCUUUCCCUGCUCCAGUCCCACCGCUCUCCCAUCCUCCCGUCCCUCCUCCCUCCCGCCAUCGCACCCCACCAUGCACCCACCCAGUGCACGUACUGUCUCUGGCCCUGUUCCCGCAAGUACCCCUCCCACCUCCAAUUCAUUCAUUUCCACUCCUCCGCCUCCACCUCCCACCUCCACACCUCCCGCUUCCACUCCUCCCAUCUCCCUUCCCUCCUCUACCCCUCUCUCUGUGGCACCUGGCGGAUGGGUGAAAGAAGAGGAGCAAGGAGGGGUGAGAGGUGGGGCAGUGGGAGGGGGUGCAGGGGACAGUGUAACGAGACAUGACGUGGGUUCAACAGGUGCAGAUGGGAAUUCUGGUGGGGUUGGGGGGCUGGGAGGGGUAAAGCAGGAAGCAUGCGAUGGGGGAGGUGAUGGGGGAGGUGAUGAGGGAUUGUUGCAGCAGGGAGAAGGGAAGAGUGGGCAGCAGCAGCAGCAGCAGCAACAACAACAGCAGCAGCAACAGCAGCAGCAACAGCAACAGCAACAGCAACAGCAACAGCAGCAACAGCAGCAACAGCAACAGCAACAGCAACAGCAACAGCAACAGCAACAACAACAACAGCAACAGCAGCAACAGCAGCAACAGCAGCAGCAGCAUCAGCAACAGCAACAGCAGCAGCAGCAGCAGCAGCAGCAGCAGCAGCAGCAGCAGCAGCAGCAGCAGCAGCAGCAGCAGCAGCAGCAACAACAGCAGCAGCAGCAGCAGCAACAGCAGCAGCAGCAACAACAGCAGCAGCAGCAGCAGCAGCAACAGCAUGUGCAGGCGCAGAAGCAAGAGCCAGAGGAGGCGCAGUGGAUGGCGGGUCUGUGGGCAGAGAUUGCUGCGACCGCUGUUCUGGAGGAGGAAGAUUUGGGGCCGACAGGGGCAGCUGGGGCACCUGGGGAAGGGGCACCUGGGGAAGGGACACCUGGGGAAGGGGCACCUGGGGAGGGAGCACCUGGGGAAGGGGCACCUGGGGAGGGAGCACCUGGGGAAGGGGCACCUGGGGAGGGAGCACCUGGGGAAGGGGCACCUGGGGAGGGAGCACCUGGGGAAGGGGCACCUGGGGAGGGAGCACCUGGGGAAGGGGCACCUGGGGAGGGAGCACCCGGGGAAGGGGCAUCUGGUGGGUGGGUACCUGACCUACCACCUGUGCGUGUGACAGGAGGUGCAGUGAAAGCAGAAGUGGUUGAGAGUGGUGGGGAUGGGGAUGCAGGGGUGUUUGGUCCAUCAGGUGGGCGGGCACCUGACCUACUACUACCACCUGGUCCACUACCUGAUGCACCUGACUCAACACCUGACGAGAAAGCAUCAGCAAUUGCAGGGGAGGAGGUGGGGCGAGAUCUAGCACUAGUAAAUACUCCCUCGGAGGAGAAGGGAAAGGCGAUAGUGAGUGCUGGCACGCGCGCAAUGGUGAAUGUUUCCCCUCCCUUGAUGGUGCGGGAGAAGGCGAUAGUGAGUGCUGGCCCUCCCCCUCAAGCAAUGGUGCGGGAGAAGGCGAUAGUGAGUGCUGGCCCUCCCCCUCAAGCAAUGGUGCGGGAGAAGGCGAUAGUGAGUGCUGGCCCUCCCCCUCAAGCAAUGGUGCGGGAGAAGGCGAUAGUGUUUUCACAGUGGACGCGCAUGCUGGACCUGCUGGAGCUGCACCUCACCGCUGCUGCCAUUUCUUACGUGCGCCUUGAUGGCACCAUGUCCGUGGCCGCCCGAGACAGGGCCAUCGCUGCUUUCACCUCAGACCCACAGAUCACUGUCAUCCUCGUGUCUUUGAAGGCCGCGAGCCUGGGUCUGAACCUGAUAGCGGCGAACCACGUGAUCCUCAUGGACCUAUGGUGGAACCCCGCAGUGGAGGACCAGGCCAUCGACCGCGCCCACCGCAUCGGCCAGACUCGCCCCGUGCGCGUGGCGCGGUUCACCGUGGCGGAUACCAUCGAGGACCGAAUCCUGGAGCUGCAGAAGCGCAAGCGCACGAUGAUUGAGAGUGCAUAUGGUGAGUCGGCCACUGCGAUCAACCGCUCUCGCCUCACCACAGAGGACCUCCGAUUCCUCUUCCAAGUGUGA